AUGGGUUAUCAAGAGAUGAAGGAGAUGCCGCAAGUGUUGAAGCCGGUGCUUCUGGUAACUGUCCCCUUCUGAAUCCACGUGUCAUCCUCGUGCGUUUUGCAGCUACUCACCCUCCUCCAAAUCAUUUUCAUGGCUUCUCCGGGCCUCAGAGGAUGGGGAUGGUUCGUUUGUCUCACUUCCAUUUUGGAGUUCAUUGCUGCCAUCGGAGUGUUCGCUGCAGUCUUUUUUGAUCUUCUCUUCACAAAGUCUAGCCAAUGGGUUCUAAUUGUAAGUCCUCGGGGGUUACAGUACUUUAUAUUGAUCACACAAUGCAUUCUUAUUUCUUUACCUACAGGAGCUGGCCUACAGUGCAGUUUUCUGCGUGUUCAGUGCCCUCAACACCAUCUACUACUUCUGCAACAUCUUCUACCACUUCAACUUCUGGUUCCUCCUGGCCACUGUGAGUUCUUCAGUCGUUCCUCUCCAAUUCCGUUUCCCAGAUCGUCUCCGUGCUCAUCGUGCUUGCCUACGGUCUCCAGACCCUCGUUGCAUGGACUUCCCGCUCCGGAGGACCUGCCACGUCGAGCACCGGCAACCAAGCGACCGCCGCCCCGCCUCCGUCCGCUUAUCCGGCCGGAGUGAACCCCGCCUAA